AAUCUGUGGGUUUCUCCUUCUACAUAGCAUUUCACACUGUGACAGAGUCUGUGUGUGUGAGAGAGAGAAGAAUGGAGAAGUCCAGGAAAGCAUUUGCUGAUUUUGUAGACAAUGCAAUAGCAACUGCCAACUCAAUGCGUCCUGAUGAAUUGAUGUUUUCUUACAAGGGAAUUCUCUACCCUGCCAGUAUUUGCAGUCCUGAAACAUUCAAAGCCUUGGAGUCAUUUGAAGCCAGAAGUGAUGAUGUAAUUUUGGCAGGAUACCUUAAAUCCGGCACAAACUGGCUAAGUCAAAUCUUAACUGACCUCAUAGCUAUAUCUCAAAAGAAAACACUGGGUGAGGAAAGCAGUGGGAAUGCUGAAGAAGAAUUCCCCUACCUUGAAGUUGGAGAUCCUGGGAAAUAUGAGCGAAUGAUCAACUUACCUUCUCCAAGAUUUAUGGUUACUCAUCUCCGUCCUGAAAAUCUUCCCACGUCUAUCUUCAAAAACAAAGCCAAGAUAUUGUUACUGAUUCGUAAUCCAAAAGACGUAGCUACAUCUUUUUACCAUUUUUCCAAUGGCCUGGCUACUCUUCCCUCCUAUGAGACCUGGGAUGCUUUCUUCACAGAUUUCGUGUCAAAGAAAGUGGCCUGGGGAUGCUACUUUGAAUACCUUUCUGAAUGGAAUAAAUAUGUUGACAAAGAAAAUAUUAUGACAAUAACUUAUGAAGAGCUAAAAGAGGAUCGUGCUCUGGGUGUGAAAAACAUAGCUGCAUUCUUUGGAAUUCCUCUGACUGAGGAAGAGCUCCAGCUUGUUGUAGAGAGGAGCAGCUUCCAGUCUAUGAAGAAAAACUCAGAGAAGACCCAUGGGGCGUUUGGCGAUAUUCUCUUUCGCAAAGGUGCUGUAAGUGACUGGAAGAAUAUUUUCAGUGAAGAUCAGAAUGAGAAAAUGGACAAAGUGUUUGAAGAACACAUAGCAGGAACUAAGCUCGGAAAAAAGUUGAAGUAUGACGUGUACUGCAAAGCCUGAAGAGUAAUGAAAUGUGGUUAGAACAAGAACUUUGCAAGGCAGACUCAGAUCAUCUGGAUGCUAUACACUGGAAAACUAGAUCAAACGAUCCAAGCACUUUAGAAUUACUGUAAGAAUCAUGACAGCAGUCUUUACAGCGACAGUGAUGAGUAAUGGUUUUUUGUUUUAUGGUGAGAUCUUUGGCUACACCUAUUUGCUGAAGAUGUCAACUAAUCAUAUUUACAAAUACUCUACAGCCCUGUUCCAGCUGUGAUCUGGAAGGAAAUGACUUUUUCUUUCUAACCAAAUUCUAUCUUUCUAGACUAUUCAUAAUUAUUUAAUAUGUAGAUUAUUUUUUUCUUCAAGAAUGUUUCAAAUAAAACAACACUUUCACAGAAAAUAUCACUGAAUGACAGAAGCCUAAUAACAAAGGAGAUCUUCCAUGAAUUCAGCACAAGCUAAAUCAAAGCUAGAGGGAGGAGAAAAAAAGGGAGUACGGAUCAACAUUCUUAAGGCUUUUCAUGUCUCUGAAUGCAAAAUAUCAAGUUGGAUUUCAGAUUAUGGGCUGAUGUUUAAAGGCAAGAUUCCCUCAGAGGCACUGCUUUUUAUAGGAUCACAGAGCAGCCUAGGUUGGAAGAGACCUUGAAAAAUCAUCUGGUCCUUUCAUGAUGAAGGGAGCCUAGAUGAAAUCUUAUCUAGAUAUCAUAUCUUGAAAACCUCCAGUGAUGAGGAUUCUACCAUGUUCCUGGAGGCAUUUUCCCAGCAAAUCAUUUCUCUUGCUGUAAAGAAUUUACUUCCUGUAUCAAGAUUAAACCUCUCCUGUUGCAACUUGAA